CUAGGCUGGUCAUGGCAUUUUACUAGUGGGGAAAACAGCAGGACCAGGAAAACAACAUUUUUGACUGUUGGGGUAGUUUUGGUGAUUUUACGUCACUGAAAGUAACCUUGGGCUACUUAUUUAGGAAGUGAAUAGAUUUUCUGGAGAGACACGAUUGUUAUUGUAUCAGAACUGAAAGCCAGUCUACUUGCUUGAGCAAUAGAUACAAAGUUACACCUCCUAGCCCACUGGAUAAUUGUGUGACACACGGAUCUGGGACGACUACUCGAUGCAAUGGACCACUGGAUUUAAGGAAUUUGGGACGCGUUUUGGGCUUCGGAUUAACAAUUAGGUUCGUCCCCUUCCGUCUGGUGUCGAAACGGAUAGUCGGCAGUCAUGCCAGCGAAAACAAAGUACAAUCUUGUUGAUGAUGGCCAUGAUUUGAGAAUUCCAAUGCAUAACGAGGAAGCAUUCCAACAUGGGAUCAACUUCGAAGCAAAGUACAUCGGCAGUCUGGACGUGGCUCGGCCGAACAGCAGAGUGGAGAUUGUGGCUGCUAUGAGGAGAAUACGGUAUGAAUUCAAAGUGAAAAACAUAAAGAAGAAGAAGGUCAACAUCAUAGUCUCAGUGGAUGGAGUGAAGGUGGCACUAAGAAAAAAGAAAAAAAAGAAGGAGUGGACGUGGGAUGAGAGUAAGAUGAUGGUAAUGCAGGAUCCCAUUUACAGGAUCUUCUAUGUAUCUCAUGACUCCCAGGACCUGAAGAUCUUCAGCUACAUCGCCAGAGAUGGACAGAAUAACGUCUUCCGCUGUAACGUCUUCAAGUCCAAGAAGAAGUCCCAGGCCAUGCGUAUUGUGCGGACGGUGGGCCAGGCGUUCGAGGUGUGUCACAAACUCAGCUUGCAACACACACACCAGAACGCAGAUGGACAGGAGGACGCAGACAGCGACAAGACCUGCAACGAGGAGUCCACACUCUCAGCCCGUGAGUUAACAGGAUCGGAGAAGUUGGUGGUUGCUGUGGAAACAGACAUUGAUGCGGAGGAGGCUCCCUUACCAUUACCGGACAGUACGGUGGAGGAGUUUAACCGCGGGGUCACUGACCUGGACGGAGUGUACGCUACUGCCAAGACUGACCACACACACCUCAACAACCUCGACAAGAAGGUUCCAGAGGAGGCCUCUCUGUUGCUGGCGUCCCCCAGGAUGCUGCUGCCGUCGUCGGGUACUCUGCUCAACAGUGCUCCCCUGUCAGUCCACCACCAGAUUCAGCUGCUACAGCAACAACUACAGCAACAACAGCAACAGACACAUGUAGCUGUGGCACAGGUGCACCUGUUGAAGGACCAACUGAGUGCGGAGGCUACAGCCAGACUGGAGGCCCAGGCCAGAGUGCAUCAGCUGCUGCUCCAGAACGAGGACCUGCUGCAGCACAUCUCUCUACUGGUCAAACAGAUCCAGGAACUGGAGGUCAACAUGUCUGGGCCCAGGUCCAUGGGUUCCCAGGACAGUCUAUUGGAGAUCACUUUCCGUUCCACCGUCCCCCCAGUGUUGUGUGACCCAAUGACCCCUCGACUCCAGGACCACGCCAGCCUCACCCUGCCAGCGCUGGGAAUCAACAUGGGCGUGGGCCAGGACAGGACGGUCAACCCACUCUUCUCUUCCUCCCUGCCCCUGGGCAGCCCCCUAGUAGACCAGAGUAUGUUUGAGAACUCCAAUGCCUCCAGAGCUCCAGGCCAGGGGCUCCAGGCCUCCAGGUUGAUCCAGGCCUCGGCCCGUCGCUCCCUGGUCACAGCUAACCCUGCCCUUGGUAGCAGCCCUGCCGAGGCCCCCUCCUCCACCACUACCAAUGGAGGUCAGCAGAGACUGAAGAACGCCCUGAACCUGGGCAAGGCUGUGGGGGCAAAGGUCAACGACCUGCUGCGAAGGAAGGAGCCCAGUCAUAUAGGAGACAUCGGUGUCACAGAGGUCAACAAGAAUGUAGGAGCAGUCUGGAGCAAUAUGGAGGAGAUGACCCAGCGAACUACUGUCAAUAGUCAUGCCUCUCUGGACUCCUUCCCUCGUCUGGAACCCCCUCCUCCCGGUAAAAAAAAGCGUCUUCCUCGCACCCUGAAGACUACCCAGGACAUGAUGAUCUCGUCUGACCCCGUCGUCACCACACCCCCCGAGACCCCCGAUCACUCCCUCCUCUCCUCCCCCAACAAGACCUCCCUCAUCAGCAAUGAGCAGACCCCACCCAAGGGAGAGCAGGACGGAGAGAAUGACAGAGGGAGAGACACACUCACCGGACUGACUGGCACUUUGGACAGCGAGAGGGAAGAGGUGGAGGUGGAGAUGGAGACGAAUGGGAGCAGUAAGAUGGAUGGAGUGGAAGGGAAUGAGACAGAGGAGAGGAGAGAGGGAGAGCAGACCCAGAUUCAGCUCCAGCUCUCUGUCCCAGACCUCAUCCAUAAGGACCACGUGGUCCCCCCCAGGUCGAGGACGUCUGAGCCCAGGCAGAAGGCCCCGGGAGCAGACACCAGGCUAGCCUCCACCCCCCUAAAAGCUCCGUACAGGAUCAGUCUGAGUGUGCGUGAGGAUGGGCUGAUGGAGAACAGCUCCCUCUGUAGGAAAGGAUCAGCAGUCACAGACACAGAGGAGCCUGAACAACACCCCGACCUGCUUUGAGAAGGACACACACACACACACACACACACUACACACACACUAAACACACACACUAAACACACACACUAAACACACACACACACACACACACUAAACCUCUGGAUGGAGAGAGGGAGAGAUAAUGGGAACAGUGAUGUGGAGAGGAGCUGGCAGAAGGAGAGCAGAAGACAGAGAUUGUUUGUGUGAGAAUAAGAAAGGGAGAGAGGAUGUUUUUGACUAGACCCUAGACUAGGGGUCUUCACUAGUUACUACAGCCACAAAGUCAUAAACCCCACCUAUUUCUACAAUUUCUCUUCUUAAAAUGUGAUUUUCAACCUUAACCACACUGGUAACCUUAUGGCUAAGCUUAACCUUAAGACAGAGAUGUGGAAAGAGUAUCUAUUUUAACAUAUCAUUAAGGGACAUACCAAACCUUUUCAAGAGAACCACAACAUCUUGGUCUGCCAAACAUUGUUUUAUAACACUGUUUUAUGUCAUGUUUUAUAUUGUUAACCUUGCAACGUAAUGUAGAAGGAAGAUAUAUACCCAGACAUUCUAGAUUUCUAAAAUAAUCUAUUUGAAAUGUCAUAGUGCCCUUUCAUGCUGAGAGAGAAUACAUUUUUUAUGAUCUUUUAUAACUGUUGCCCUUCAGGAAAUAUAUCAAGCGUUCAGCAGGGAAUAUGAAAACCAAAGUGAACACGACAUUAACACUGACUGUAAUUUCAUGCUGUUGUGUUGGUGAUGUCAUCCUCACAACACAUUGAGAUAUGUAUUGUGGCAGACAUGCAAUUGGGUUUGUUCAGCCUGUACAGUAUGUGUUUGAUUUACAUUUGUUGAUUGACAGUAAUGGUUUUAGUAGUGCCAAUCACAGUCCUGUUGCUUUAUUUCCUUACAAUAAUGGUCAAAAGUUUUAGAAUACCUACUCAUUCAAGGGU